AUGUACUCAAAGUUGGCAUUUAUCGCUUUAUUGGUGGGAGCAGCAAAAGCCAGCGGUGGCUUCUCCAGCUUCUCUUACGACGUUUCGGAUCCGAACACCGGAGACAUCAAGGACCAGCAUGAAAAACGAGUCGAUGGCAACGUUGUCGGCCAGUACUCACUUCUCGAGGCUGACGGUACUAAGCGCGUGGUCGAAUACUCUGCUGAUGAAGCCGGAUUCAAAGCUGUAGUGCACAAUGAGCCUGCAAAUGGGAUGGCAGGUUCUCAUGGUCAUGGCAGUGCCUCUCUUAGCCGUGCCAGUGCAACAUUCGGUCAUUCUCACCAGAAUGUAGCAGCAGCCUCCGGGUAUGGUUCACGUGCAACAGGAAUUGCAUCUAACGCUCAUGGAUCGUUCUUGGGCGCUGGUUCCCCGUUUAACCACAAUGCCAACUCUCAUUCCUACGCUGGUGUUGGUGGACUAGCGCACCGUGGCUCUGGGGUCUACGGCGGAUUCGGAAAUGGUCAUUCGUCUCAACUUAACGGUCGUGGUCACGGAACCGGAUUUGGAUCUAGCCAUGGGGCACAUGGAAACGGACUUGGAUCUAGCCUGGGCCAUGGCUCUCAGGGUGCUCCUACAGUUUCUUCUUACUCUCACUCAAUCCAUCACAACGGUCCUGAUGCGCGCCCAUACGCCGGUGCUCAUGGUGGAUCCAAUUUCGCCAGAGCGGGUCUCGCUCAUGGUAACGGUUGGUCUGCUAAUGCUGGACACAGUAACGUAGCCGUGAGCACUGCCGGAUGGUCUGCUAAAAGCGGUCUGGGCGGCAGUGGUUGGUCUGGCGCUGGCUUCCCUGGAAGCACUGGUUGGUCUAGCAACGCUGGCUUCUCUGGAAGCACUGGUUGGCCUGGCAACACUGGUUUCAGCGGCAACUCUGGAUGGUCUAAUGCUGGCAGUGGUGGACAUGCCGCCAAAAUCGGCUGGUAA